UGUUGAAUGUUGAAUGGCUGCUGCGGGCAGCAGCCGGCGGGCGUGCGUGCGUGCGUGCGCGACCUCUGAGCAGCUCAUCAUCGUCUCUGAUCCGGUGUCAGCAGACAGACAGACGGGCGAGCAGAGCAGAGCAGAGCAGAGCCAAGGGAGGCGAAGGGAGGCGCAGCAGCGAGGGUCAUCGAUGGAGGAGGUGCUGCGCUGCGGUUUUGGAGGAGGAUCUUGUCUCGUAUAGUAUCGGAGCAGAUAGAUAGACGCGAGAGUGGAGCUCUGGUAUCCUGUUGAAGGCGCAAGAUGGUGAUGGCGAUCUUGGACCCGGGUCCGGUUUCGUAUUCAAGAAAGCAAAGAAAGGCGUAGUGGUUGUCGGUGACAGCAGUAAGGUGUAGCGCGUGACGAUAGCGAGCGGAUGCACGACGUGGAUAUCAGUAAACAUUGUGGGUGCACGGGCUCUCGUGAUAAUUGCACCGAAAUUCAUUAAACGCUGAAAGAGUUUGGUAAUUGAUGCUCGGAUGCAUUAAAGAACGAGGAGUCGAGGUUGUACCGGUAGAGGAAGAUAUCGAUGUGGAUGUGGUUUCUGGGCGACGAAGUUCUCGAGCAGCACGGUAAUUGCUCAUGGAUGCAGGCGAAAGAAAUUGGAACUUGUACCUCUAAUCUGCGGAGCCGGUGCACGUUUGUACCUUUCAAGUUCGUCUGCAGCUUGUAGAAGCCGCCAAUUCACUGCGGAGAGCGACCGGUCAUGAUUUUUAUAAGUUCGAACUUUUGAGUGCGAAUCUCAAAUGUUUGAGCCAGUGCUACAUUAUCAGUAGGAUUAAGCGCUGCAAAUUUGACGAAGAAUCUGCGAAAAUUUUUGCGACUGGGAGGAAUUACUAAGACGUAAUUCACGUCUCUGAACUGCUCGAGGCAAAUACAACAGAGAACGCAUCGUCGGCCUUGUUGAGUUCAUUAUAAUUUCGAUUCAUACUCUAUUCCCGGUAGCCAGACCGAUGACAAAGCUACACUAUACCACUGCUCGGGGCGAACUGACGAAACAGUCUGGAGACAUCUGUCUAUAAUUGCCACGAAUAUAGCGGGUUCUAGUCCUAGCGACAGUAAGAACUGAGCCGCAUCUGAUCAUGGCGAGCUCUGACAUUGAGAAUCUUGCCUCAGACUUUGAUUCGAAUGCGCACAUUACACCGUCCUCCGCAUGCGCAAUUCGAGAUGCCAAGCCUUCGGUUAUCAGGCAGGAGCGCCCACCUCUGGAGGUAUCUAACAGUAGCAAUUACUUCCAAAGUAGUUCUCGGGUUCUCAAUGCUGCAACAGCUAAAUGGACCUGGCUUCAGAAAGGUGGAGUUUUUGAAGGAAAUAUUUUAGACAGCCAGCACGAUUUUUCCCUUCAGGCAAGCAAAGAAUUGGUGACAGCUACCAUCGAUGAACAUCAUCUUACUUCUGGAAAUGAUAAGCUUUGGGAGGGGCAGUUGAAUAGUGACAACAGUAGACGACACAUGGCAACGGAUGAGCAGUUUGUUGACGAUCCUUUUUCAGUGGAACUUCCCGGUAUACAGUCGUCGUCUCUGAGGCAUAUAUUUUCCUCAAGCUCCAAACUUGCAACGCGGGAUGAAAAUUCUUUUGGAGAAACUUACAGCGACCGAGAUAUCACUCAAGGGUUAGAGAGUUGUAACUUAUUAGGGGAAUUCAUCGAUGUUGAUCGUGAAGCUGGUUUCGGAGAAGACGAAGAUUUUGCAGGACAAGAUGAAACAUCCAGGUCUGUACUUACCGACAGCACGGAAGUCAGCCACUCUGAAGACGAAGACCUGGCACAUUUAGAACAGCUUAUGCAGCCCAGGUUUUCUAAAGAUGAACACACCCAAACGAAUUCCAGUAAGUUAGAACUUAGACUAGGUGGAAGGUACAAUGACCACUGCUCAAAUGUGGCAGACAAUCAGGUAGAAGAAGAUAGUUCCCAGGACCUGGGAGACAGUACGUCAAUGCAACAACACGCCACGGAACAGAAAUGGUUGACUUUGAGCUCCAGCAAACAGGAAGAUGGUUUGGGUUACAGCCAUACGGAUUUCUGGGUGGAAGAAAGAUCGAAGGAACAAUUUGAGGAUGAAGCAGCAGUGUGGAAGAAGAAGGGCCGGAGGAUGAAACAUCGUAUGAAGGGAUCUCAUUCAAGCAAUGAUUCCCCGAUGCAAAAAAACCCGGAUUAUGUUGGACAUGUGAUGAAGGAUAUGCUUGCGGAGCUUAGAGUUGAUGGACAACGCGUUUCCACAGACUUGGGCGAGGAAGUUGGGGGCAAACACCUGUGGCCGAGGCUCGCCCAUUCCGAAAACAACGGCAAUUCUUACAGGCUAAUGGUUAUGGCCUUUGAAGAGCUGCUGCGAGAGUUCGAGGAGAAGGCGAACAAUAACAGGAAGAAGUUGGAUGACGUCCUUAGAGCAAAGGAGGAAGACGCUGCAUUGAUGCAACGGCAAUGUAGAGCUUGGUUUGAGAAGGAAAACCAGUUGAGGAGCCGCAUUAGCAGCCUGGAGCUACAUCAUUGCAGACUUUCAGACUUGUUGAGAGAGACGGCUGCAGCUUUGACCUCAGAGAAAGACAAGAGGAAGGAAUCCCGAUUUGAAUUGGAGGCAGUAAUGGAAUUGUUGAGGGAAGAGAAGAAAUCGCAUCAUGAAACGCUUGAGAAUCUCAAUAAGUAUAUAAAUUCCGUCAAGAAACUGAGAGAAAGCCUUGGAGCACAGGUUUCUUGUUCUGCCAAAGAGGGAGGUUCUCUAUGUCUUGAAAGUGUGGAGUCGGUUAUGAGAGACAUGGAUAGAGAGCUCCAGUGGACUAGUCGCUCUACCCCAAGUAAGAGUAAAACAUGUGAAUCAGCACUUGAAUCAUCAAAAGUAGAUGAGCUGAACCGGGUAAAACAGCAGCGAGAUGCAGCUGAGAAGGAGCGAGAUCAAAUCGAAGAGAGACUGAAUGCUCUACUAAUUGAAACCAAAGAAGGACAUGGAGAAAUGGAAGCUUUGUGGCUGGAAAGGGAGAAGUUAAUGGAGCAGAAGGUGGGAUGUCUUGAGGUUGAACUACAAUAUCUGCACACAAAAAGUCGACGGAAGGAGACCGAGGUAAUGAUCGAAAGGCAAAGAUGGGCGGACGAACUAGAGAAUUGCAUGCAAGCUUGGGCAAGAGAAAGAAAAGCUUGGGAAGCUACUCUGAAGGAGAGAGUAGAAGUAAGCGGGCGAUUUACGGCUGCUACAGAUGAUGGAGAAACCUUGCAAUCACCUGAUCCAUGUUAUACUAAUAUGGGCAAUCUAGUUCAGGUUACAGGGGAAGUCGCGGACAUUGAAUGCGAGGAGGAAAAGGUGAAGGAGAGGCAGCGGGAGAAAGCGAUCGAAGAUUGGAGACAAGUAGCAGAGCAACAUAAGCAGGAGAGGAAGGAAACAGAGAACAAACUCUCGGCAGCUCUGAUCCUGGUGAAAAACUUGGAACAGAAUAUCAAGGUUCAAGAAGCAGAGAUGGAAGAGGAGAGAAAUCGAAUGGAUAGCUUAAUGUCGAAAAAAUCAGCGGAGUUGGAAAAGCUGAAACAAAGUCUCAAGUCUAAAGAACGUGACUUAGAGGUUACCAUCCAGAAGUUCACGGACGAACUUAAGAUGAUAGACAAGGAGGUAGAGAGGGAAAGAAAGGAGAGAGAACAGGUUAUGGAGAUUCAUUUUGCAUCCAAACGACAAUUGGUUUGUGACAUCAAAGCGAAGGAAGAAUCCUGGGAGAAAACACUAGAAGCCCGUAAUCAGGAGUUGCAGAUGGUAGUAGAUCAACUGACAAGCAAAGAAAAGGAGCUUGGAGAGCUACACACGAAAGUUGACGAGGAGAAAUCAUUGAGAGAAAGAAUAGCACUAGAGCUACAAAGGGAGAAAUCGGUCAACAGGAAGGAAAUGGAGGAGAUGCUUUCUGAUAUCUGGAAAAUAUGCGAAGAUGAAGGCAUCCAUGUAGCCGUAGCCCAAAAGCUUUUACCAGGUAGUGACCUGAGUCUAAGAAGGCCAAUGUGGGAGUCACUUUGGCAUGAAUAUUGUCGAUCAAGACAUAUUUCUGACGAUGCCACCGUUCUGCCUUCGACUAUGGAGUGGGAGUUUACGCGAGUCAAAGUUUCUCGUUUCGAGAAGCAAAUAACAGACGCAAUGUCUGCCAUCAAGAGCCUGCGAGAUGAAGUCAAAGCGAAAGAAGAACAGCUUUCGAAGGUCAAGGCAGAUCGUGAAAGGGAAUGGGAGCAAAGGGAGGAAGACUGGGCUCAAGAAAAGGGCACCUUGAUUCAUCUCCUUGACAGCCUUCAGCAGAAGGAAGUGCAGCUUGCUGAGGAGAGGCAUAGCAGGGAGGAAGAGUUCGCAAAGAAAAUUGAAGCCAUGGAGGAGUUGAGGAAAAUUGAACAAGAAGAAGCUGCCGAGAUGAUUGCAAAUCUUCAAGGAUCAACCCGAGAGUUGGAAUGGUGUUUAAAACGGACAAAUAGUCUACCGUCAAGGAGGUUGAGUAACCCAAGAAAUAGUAGUGUCCUUGCAGGAGGUCUCACUUACUCUCCCGAUAAGAAUGAGGUGGUAAAAGUACACUCCUCAUACUUGGAGGAGGUGGACCGUUACAUCUUUGACCUGGAAAGCAGGAAAGAAAUUGGCGACAGUAGUUUAAGAAACUCACAAACUACUGAAGAAGGUGAAGUAUCGGAAAACUCUAAACAGGACAACGACGUGCAUAACGGCAUGAGGCACACAAUGGACAGUGCACUGCGCACCACUUCAGAUGCCGAAGGAGACUUCAAUCCUAUGCUUGGCCUAGAUGAAGAUGGACGGUUGUCUCCUCGGGUCAGCAGAGAGUGGACUGGGAUCGGGGGAUUAGCUACAAGAGGAGCUCGUCAAAACGUUACCAGACCCCUGGAGAGAGGAAUGUGCUUAACCCUGAACGGGCUGCAUACCUUGACUCAAGAAAACUCCUGGGCGGAGGGAGGGGACGGAAAUUUGCCGCUAUGGCAGCCUGAUAGUAUCAAGAGGCUGGGACUCUCCGGUAGUUUUAACGGUUCGAGCAGCUGGAUAUCAGAUGACGUGCACUCUUAUCCUGGGUCUCCCACCCGGGGUUGCCUUGCCUUGCCUGGUCCUUCAACACCCUCGCGACGUCCGCAAAAGUGGCUUGUCGAUACUAGCUGGCUGGAACAAGUUCGCAAGGAGCAUGCUUGGCUUCGGCAGCAGCUGGAAAUCGAGAGGCAGCGCGUAUCAGCGUUGGGCCGGGUAGAAGCAGAUAACCGAUGGAUAGAAGCAGCCAUCAUAAGAGCUCUUGAGCUCAAGCGCCAGAGUGAUACCAAGGCUGCUGAAAUGCAGCGAAAGAAUAACCACCAAAUGCAGCCGACAGCUCUCAUGACAGGAAUGCCUUCGGGCACACCAAGUGCUAAAUAGAUAUCAACGGAGCUGAACGCCAUGGAGACUUUGUUUUCCCCGAGAAACAGAGUGAAUAGCCGUCCUUGAUGUAGACAUACACGUGAACCUAGAGAUGCAGGUUUGGCCAAGCCACCCUUAUUGUGGCUCAAGCAACCAGGAAUUUUGUUUCGUCAUUACCGCUACCAGUUUGGUAUAUGCUGCGUUGUGUAGUUUCAUAAGCAAAACAGUGUCACCAGCGAAAGGCUGAGUUGACACGAGCUUACAUGGACUACUCUAUCUACAUGAUGCAGAUAAGUAGUGCGACUGAGCAUACUCACGACUGUUGGUUGAGCAGGCAGUGCUGAGAGCAAUUGAUACUGUGGAGAUUAUAAGCGGCAGGUUAGGGGGUGAACUUUCGAGACUAGGUGCACAAGAUGAGCUGACGCACAAUGUAUUUAGUAGAUGGUAACAGAUUUCAUUGUAAACACGGGGAUUUUUCCGUCUCCCCAGAGUCUAGAUCAAUUGUACAGAUGCCCAAGAUCAGACGACACAAGGAGAGAACGCAGUACCCCUUCCUGAGCUGGAGGAGAUGAUGAUGAAACUUGAAGUCCACAGGAGACUCAACCGGGCCAUAGGACUGGAACGAAAUCAGGAUGAUCGUCAAUCCGACGGGAUGUAAAGGUUUCUCUAGAAGAGAUGUCAAGGUUCUUCACUUGUAACGUAUAAUGCACUGGAUUUAAGUUCAGUUUGUAAUGAAGAUAGUUUUUUCAUGCCCGUGUGCUC